CUUGAGCCCUGCCCCGUCCCGCUUAGACAAUGCCCCGGAGCCGCCAGACCGUUGCGCCCCCGCCCCACUGUGGUACUGGAGCUCGUCUACCCCGGGACCCCUCAAAGCCAAAGCUCCAAUCCCCGAGGCUUGGAGGCUAGGACCCUCUUCACCAACUCUGUCCUCAGGGGGGUGGGGCCCCAGCCAAGAUCACGGAGCUGCGGGAGUGGGGGUGGCCGCUGGAGACCGGUGAAGUAAAAAGAGAAAACUAAGAAAUCAGCGUGGCCGGAGGGGGCGUCCGUGUGGAUGGGAUGGGGACGCCAGGGGAGGGGCUGGGCCGCUGCUCCCAUGCCCUGAUCCGGGGGGUCCCGGAGAGCCUGGCGUCGGUGGAGGGUGCGGGGGCUGGCCUCCCGUCCCUGGACCUGGCCAAAGCUCAGAGGGAGCACGGGGUGCUGGGUGGUAAACUGAGACAGCGAUUGGGGCUGCAGCUGUUAGAACUGCCUCCUGAAGAGUCGCUGCCGCUGGGACCGCUGCUCGGUGACACCGCGGUGAUCCAAGGGGAUACGGCCCUAAUCACGAGGCCCUGGAGCCCCGCCCGCAGGCCGGAGGUCGAUGGAGUCCGCAAAGCCCUCCAGGACCUGGGGCUCCGAAUUGUGGAGAUGGGGGACGAGAACGCGACACUGGAUGGCACCGAUGUUCUCUUCACCGGCCGCGAGUUUUUCGUAGGCCUUUCCAAGUGGACCAAUCACCGUGGAGCUGAGAUCGUGGCGGACACGUUCCGGGACUUUGCCGUCUCCACGGUGCCGGUCUCAGGCCCCUCCCACCUGCGUGGCCUCUGUGGCAUGGGGGGACCACGCACUGUGGUGGCGGGUAGCAGCGAGGCUGCCCAAAAGCUCCUUGCACACGCCCUCUCUCCUCUCUCCCAGGCAAUGGCAGUGUUGACGGAUCAUCCCUAUGCCUCCCUGACCCUCCCAGAUGACGCAGCGGCUGACUGUCUCUUUCUGCGUCCUGGGCUGCCGGGAGUGCCCCCGUUCCUCCUGCACCGUGGAGGUGGGGAUCUACCCAACAGCCAGGAGGCACUGCAGAAGCUCUCUGACGUCACCCUGGUACCUGUGUCCUGCUCGGAACUGGAGAAGGCGGGCGCUGGGCUCAGCUCCCUCUGCCUGGUGCUCAGCACACGCCCCCACAGCUGAGAACCUGGCCUUGGGUUCCUGGCUGGCUAGGGGUAGGGCGGCAUAGGAGUAGAAGGGGAAGGAGGGUUAGAUGGAGGAUGGCAAAUAGGGAGUAGUGGGGAGAGGGCCCCAAGAUCAGGGGAGGGCAUAGGAUAGAGGCCACUGGGUGACUCUUCUCCCAAGAACUAAUAAAAUAGAACUGACCUUUUA